AGAGCCUUCAAGUAUGUUCGAGGAGGCGAUGAUUGUGGCUAAGGUUCCAGCACGUUGGCCUUUCCACCCGGGAUACAUGCACACAUUUGGGUUCACCGAGAACUUCUUCGUCGUCGUUGAACAACCGCUGUCGGUAUCUGUACCGGCCAUGGUCAAGAAUCACGUUACCAGUUCCCCAAUGGCAGCAUCUUUUCGGUGGUACCCAGAAGAACAAACACAAAUUCAUUUAAUAUGCCGCAAAACUGGUAAAACAAUGCAUCAAUUUGUGGCAGAAGCUUUUUUUUACUUCCACAUAAUAAAUAGCUUCGAAAAGGACGACCACGUUGUUGUAGAUAUAUGCUGCUACAGAGAUCCGUCUAUGUUGGACUGUAUGUACGUGGAAUCUUUGAAAGGAAGCGACAGCCAACGCGCAGCCGUCUGCGCCUACGAGCGGACCGCACUCCUCUACAGCACGGAGCUGCAUCUCUGCACUUUGGGCUGCGAGACGCUCGCGCUGCACUACGAGCGACACGCGCCGCCCCUACAAGCUUCUUCCUACGCCAUCGCGUCCGACGUGGAACCUACGCAACCACAGCGAACGCACUUCUGCACAGAGCCUUCAAGUAUGUUCGAGGAGGCGAUGAUUGUGGCUAAAGUUCCAGCACGUUGGCCUUUCCACCCGGGAUACAUGCACACAUUUGGGUUCACCGAGAACUUCUUCGUCGUCGUUGAACAACCGCUGUCGGUAUCUGUACCUGCCAUGGUCAAGAAUCACGUUACCAGUUCCCCAAUGGCAGCAUCUUUUCGGUGGUACCCAGAAGAACAAGCUGAAGACGAUGGCGUGGUGUUGUCAGCCCUGGUGUGGGGCAAGGGAGACGAAAACAAAGUGGCCCUCCUGGUGCUGGAUGCUGCUUCUUGGACGGAGCUGGGCCGAACAGAAUUCACGACCCCGGGCCCAGUGCCCAAAUGCCUCCAUGGUUGGUUCGCACACGACUCCUGAUCGAGCCUUCUGUCUACAACAGUGCAAAAUUCACUACGAUGCUCAACUCUUGCGACUUAGGCAGUGUCGCGUGCUAACCCAACAAUACUUUUUUUAAUAAGGUCUAUUCGUUCAAUUACGUGAAUCACCUGGAUCACACAGGUAUAUUAUGACAAGUGAUUGUGCAAUGAUACUAACACUGGUUGAAGAUCUUUUUUUCAGUUUCCUGAUUUCUCAGAAAUGUUCCGCUAUUCAUAUUGAUGAUUGAUAAAUCGAUACACGAAAGUCUCUGUACCUACUCAUAGACACUGACAUUAAAUUUCUUAUGGUAGUAUGUCUUUGGCUGUCACACAAUGUUGAGAGUUUGAAUAUAAAUAUUAAGUGACUAUGAAUAAUGGUGAUUCGAAAUUGGAAUAAUACAAACAGAAGAAUGACAUAUUGAAUUGAAUGUUCUAUAGAAUUUAUUUCCAACUUUCUAAAUUGUUCGG